AUGCUGCCGGCUCGCGAUGCCAUCCAGGCAGCCUCUCGUGCCGAAAGCCUGUCAUCGGCGGACACGGGCACCAGCCGCGGCGCCGGCGCCGGCGGCAGCGACAGCAACGGCAGCAGCGACAGCAACGACAGCAACGGCCCCCCCGCGUGCAGCGCGCAGACGUCCCGCGGCGAGGCGUGGCGGGAUGCCGAGGACUUUCUGUGCAUGACGACCUGGGCUGUUGCUACAGGGCUGGACAUAGCGCUGGCGGUGGUCCUCCUCAGCUAUGAGCCCACCGCGUGGCUCGGCCUGCUGGCGCUGCUGGCGCUGCUCGCGCCGCUGUGCACGGCCGCGGCGCUGGUGCUGGCGCGCAACCACUGGCUGGCGGUCGCGCUGCGCUACGUGGUGGGCGUGCUGCUCAUGCGCAGCAGCGCGGGCCUGCGGCUGCGCUGCCUGGCGCGGUGCCGGCCGCUGCAGGGCGCCGUCGCCUGGGUCGGCCUCAGCCUGCUGGCGGCGGUGGGCCUCAUCGUGGCGGUCUACCUGGGAACCUGCUACUCGGUGACGGCGCUGCUGUCAGUGCCGAUCCUGGACCUGACCAUGCUGCUGGCCUCUGUGCCGGCGCUGCGGCGCCAUGUGCUGCGGCCAGACCUGGCGCGCUAUGCGGGCGUGGCGCUGCUGCAGUCUGCGCCCAUGAUCGCGCUGUCUGCGCUGCUGCUGUCUGCGCACUUCCACGGCAGCGCUGCGGGAUACAGCUACGUCGGCGUGCCGGCCCACCCCGGCCGCGCCGGCACCGGCGCCGCGCAGCGCGCAGCGCCGCCGCUCGGCGCGCCGGGCACCACCGCCAGGGACGAGGGCAGGGCGCUGCUCGCGGACAGCGCCGCCGGCGCCGGCCAGGAGCCCGCGGCGGCGCAGCAGCACCAGCAGCAGGCCCCGUCGUCGUUCGGCGCGGGCGUCCCGUGGCCGCUCGUGCUCGCGGCCAGGGCGGCCGGCGUCCCCAUCCCCGCCAGCACGGACGCCAUUGCGCCAGGGGUCGACUCCACCUCAUCGCGCACCGCACAGAUGCCGCCUGGCAGCGGCGGCACAAGCGGAGCCACCGCGACCCAGCUCGACCUGACCGCGCUGCUGUCCGCAGCGGCGCACGCCCUGGCCGCGUCUGGCGUCGCCGCCGGCCGCGGCGGCGGCGUGCCUGCGCUGCCACCCGCCACCACGUGGCUGGGCGUCGCCGCGGCGGUCGCGACGACAGUGCCGCUGCCGCUGCUAGCGCUCGUGCUUGCGGCCGCGGUGCUCAACCUCGCGACCAAGGCGGCGCUCCUCAUCAAUGCCUGCCGCGCGGCCGGCGUGCCCGUGCUGCGCCACAUGGCGCACGUGAUGCGCAUGCGCGGCGGGCUGCGCGUGCUGGGGCCCGUCGCUGACGAGGCGCUGCGCGUCAUGGUGGAGCGCGAUGACGACGCGGGCGGUGCGGGGGGCGGCGGGGCCGGCGGGGACGAGGCCGACAAGCUGGAAGGGGCCGGCCAGGAUGGCGCCGCCGGCGCGGAUGACGGUGGUGCGGCCAGCGAUGAUGGCGCCGGCGGCGAUGGCGGGCGCAGUGGCGCAGGGCCCCGGCGGCGCGGCGGCGGCGCCGGGCUGCGCCUGCUGGUGAGCAGCGCGUGGCACUGGGGCUCCAGCCCCGACGGCCCGGACGCGUGGCUGCCGCUGGUGCCGCGCUACCUGCUGCCCACGGACGGCGGCUGGCUGGGGCCCGGCCAGAUGGCGCGGCUGGCGGUGCUGGCCUUUGACCACUACGGCUGCGGCCCCGCCGCGCGGCCAGCCGGCGCCAAGGCCGACGCGCCCGCCAAGGCCGACGCGCCCGGCGGCGCGGGCGCCCCGGAGGGCGCCCUGGCGGUGGACUGCGGCGGCGCGGGCGCGUGCGCGGCCGCUGGCGGGUGCGGCGCGUGCAAGUGCGCCUGCGAGGGCCGCGGCCCUAUCACUGGGCUGGAGCUGGAGCACCUAGAGGGCGGGGAGCUGCGGGUGGUGCUGGAGCGCGGCCUGGCGGCGCUGCCCCACGUGCGGCGGCUGCACCUCCGGUGGUGCCAGCUGGACGGCAGGGCGCUGCGCCCCGUGCUGGGCACGCUGCGCCGCCACCCCUCCCUGGCGGCGUUGACCCUGGAGCGGUGCGAGGUGGACGACGCCGCUGCGCACAUGAUCAAGCACCUGCUGGCGGGCGGCAGCAGCAGCAGCAGCAGCAGCAGUAACAGCAGCAACGGCAGUGCGAGUGCGGCGCUGGACGGCAGCGACGGCGGCGCCGCCGCAGGCCCGGGCGAGCUGGUCUCGGGCCCUGCGACGGCCGCCGCGGCGAGCCCGCUGGACGCGCUGCGCCUCGUGCGUUGCAGCCUCAGCGGCGGCGCCGCGUCUGCACUGGCCGGCGCGCUGUCUGGUUCGCGCCGCCUGCGCACGUUUGUGUUCAGCGGCAACGCCAUCGAGCCCAGCGCCGGCCGCGCGUGCUUGCCGGCGUAG